UAGAUGAUGGGGUGUGACGUGCACUGCAGGUUCAAACUCUAGUCUGAGCAGGAAGAAGGAAUUGCUAGUUUCUCACAGCUUUUCAAACGCUCGCUGUUUUGGUUUUUAACUAUUGAUAUAAUUAAAUUACUCCGAAAUUAGUGACAGCGACAGGAUCAAACGCAAAGAUGUCUGUCGCCGGACUGAGGAAACAGUUUUAUAAAGCCAGUCAGAUGAUGAGUGAGAAGGUUGGAGGAGCAGAAGGGACAAAACUGGAUGAGGACUUCAAAGAUCUGGAGAGGAAAGCUGACAUCACCAGUAAAGCCAUAUCAGAUGUGCUCUGCAAAACUACUGAAUACCUGCAGCCAAAUCCAGCAUCAAGAGCGAGGCUCACGAUGGCAAACACCAUGUCUAAGAUGCGCGGGCAGGUGAAGAGUCUGGGUUACCCACAGGCAGAGAGCCUUCUGGGAGAAUGCAUGCUGAAAUACGGUCGAGACAUGGGAGAAGACACCAACUUCGGUGGUGCUUUAGUGGAGAUGGGGGAGGCCAUGAAGAGACUGGCAGAAGUCAAAGACUCUCUAGACAUUGACGUCAAGCAGAACUUCAUCGACCCCUUCCAAACGAUAAUCGACAAGGACCUGAAAGACAUACAGCAUCACCUGAAGAAACUGGAGGGCCGUCGACUGGAUUACGACUACAAGAAGAAGCGUCAGGGGAAGAUUGCUGAUGAGGAGCUCCGGGUGGCGAUGGAGAAGUUUGAGGAGUCCAGAGACACAGCAGAAACCAGUAUGCAGAACCUGCUGGAUACUGACGUGGAGCAGGUCAGUCAACUCUCUGCUCUGGUGGAAUCUCAGCUGCAGUUUCACAAACAGUCGAUGCAGGUCCUGGAGGAGCUGGCAGAGGCCAUGAGAGAAAGAGUAAACAAGGCCCAGUCUCAGCCUCGGCAGAAGCGGAUGCCUGUGUCCAGACCAAGCAUCGAUUACUCUGAUCCAGAAGACUCCAACGGAGGCUGGAAUCCAUCAGCAGCGGCACCACCCUCAUACUCAUCCACAGCAGCCCCCUCCUUUAACAGGGCAUCUUCACGCCAGAAACGUAAUUCCGCAGACCAGCCGUGCUGCAGGGCUCUGUAUGACUUUGAGCCGGAAAAUGAGGGCGAGCUGGGCUUCAAUGAGGGCGAUGUGAUCACACUCACCAACCAGAUCGACGACAACUGGUACGAGGGAAGCUUUCGUGGUCAGACUGGACUCUUUCCAUGCAACUACGUGGAGGUGAUGGUGCCUCUGCGCUAAUGAUCACAGCGGAUAAACAGUGCAAUGUCAGGUACAGACAGGGGCAAAGGGAACAUCCCUGACUUCUGUUUCACUACGAGCACUUUGACCUCUUGAAAGACAGAGAAUAUACAGUUAUUAUUCCUUACAGCGCUGUGCUGAAACACUACCAUUCCUUACUUCAUAUAUAAUAAAUGUUAUUGAGAAAGGUGUCUUAAGUGUUGUGGUAAAACACUGCCAUUCCUUACUUCAAAUAUAAUAAACAAUUUUGAGAAAGGUGUCAAAGAUAAAACCAUUUCGGGAGUGUUCAUUGUGGGAUUCUGUAGGUUGUUGUGUUUACUUUGAAAUUCAUAUUAGCAUCAGCAUGGGAAAUGUCUGAUGUUGGUGAUUACUGACCUCUAGUGGCCACGUUUGAACAUUACAGUUUUUAAGGCGAGACACUGCAGGUGAACACUGUAAGAAUAUGUAUUACGUAAAGCGAUCACCAUACUUCUCCAGUAGAUUGACAUUAAGAAUUGCAAAGAUCGUUUGUAUUACAAAAUUUCUAAAAUACCAUGUUAAAAUAUGCAAAUGAGGUGUUAUUGCAAUACUUAUUCACUCAUUUGCAUACAUUUUCAGCAGGGAAAUGUGAAGACUGCAUGAAGUUGGGUUUAAACUUCAUGUUGGGUUUUUUCUCUUUUGACAUUAGAAGGUUUUUUGAUAAGGAUAUGUGAUGUUGUUUUUACAGAGGGCGAUUUAGUAUUUCUCUUUAUCACUUUCUACAUAACUUGUAGAGUAAAUCAUGCAUAUUUUGUAUUAACUUAUCUUUGUGAAACCCAGAAUAAAUCCUAUCUAUCUAUCUAUCUAUCUAUCUAUCUAUCUAUCUAUCUAUCUAUCUAUCUAUCUAUCUAUCUAUCUAUCUAUCUGUCUGUCUGUCUGUCUGUCUGUCUGUCUGUCUGUCUGUCUGUCUAUCUAUCUAUUGAACUAUCUAUCUAUCGUUCUAUCGUUCUACCAAUCUAUUGUUCUAUCUAUCGUUCUAUUAUUUUAUCUGUCUAUCAUUCUAUCUGUCCAUUGUUCUACUCUAUCUAUCAUUCAAUUAUUUUAUCUGUCUAUUAUUCUACAUCAUUCUAUAUCUGUCCAUCGUUCUACUCUAUCUAUCUAUCGUU